AUUCCCUUAGUUUCUCUGUUUUCCUGCUCUAAAAUUGGUGUGGAGUGUUGAGUAGUUCCUGUAUAAAUUGGUUGAUCAUGUGCGGAGACCCUGUCAUGGCUUCCUCAUCAAACCCUAAAACUCUCAACGCCGAGGCCCAGCCAUGGUUCCCUUUGUCCCACCUGGUUUGUCGCAAACCGCUUCCGAUCGUUCAGCUGCCGCUCCCUUUGCCGCCGCCGUUCAUGCACCACACCGUCCACACCGAGGUCUUCAUGCCAUACAUUGGGACACCAAGUUACGGUUUCAGCUGCUAUAACACCCAGUUGCAGCCUCAAGCCGAACAAGCAUCGGACCUGUGGGUGAGCUACCGCGCCUCCGCCGUGGGUGGCUCCGUUCCCAGUGGGUCGGACGGUGGAGAAAUUGAAAGGAAGGUAGUGGCGCCGGAGAGGUCGAGAGUUGGGCUUAGAGCGGAGCAGCCCCCAAGGCUAAGGCGUGGUGCGAUGUGGCGCAGGGGGAAGAGUGUCUGUAGGAAAGGCUUGGGGUCCGUUUGGAUGCCCAAGAAUAAGUCCGAUGAAGAUGCCAGCGGCCUUUGGUCUUCUCGGCCGCCUCCACCUCCAACGAAAGUUCAAGAUGGGUGUAACUCAACCGAAUUGACGACAGUUAUGAUCAGGAACAUCCCUAACCAGUACAGAAGGGACAUGUUUCUACGCUUCCUGGAUGUGCUUUGCCUGCAGCAUAACCAGCUGGCCGCCGCCGCUGCCGGUGAAUCCUACUUUGAACCGCCCCGCCUCGCCUAUGAUUUCGUCUACCUCCCAAUGGAUUUCCGGCGAGGUGACAAUCUGGGCUACGCGUUCGUGAACGUAACAACUGCAAAGGCGGCCCGGAAAGUAGAAGAAAUCUUGCAGAACUACAGGUGGGGAACGUUCGAAGAUAGCACCGGCGAGAUCCGCGAGUCGAGGAAGAUAUGCGCCGUGAAUUGGGCUAGAAUCCAGGGGAUGGAUCAGUUGACCAAGCGUUUCCGAAAUUCCAACUUCUUUUGCCACGACGAGGGGUACUUGCCGGCGACCUUUUCGCCUCCGCGGGACGGUACAGAGCCGGUCAGCCAGCCAACAAACGUCGGCAGGUGUUUGGGAUCACGUUCUCUCUGA